AUACACAGAUGUAUCUACUAUAGGCUAUACAGCGUGGUUGCUUUCUUUGGUGGUCUGGAUAUAUUUCAACAUUGCAACAUAUUAAAUAUCACUUACUUUACUAUAAAAUACCUGUCUUGUAACAAAUAAUGUUUUAAGGUAACAGACAGACAAACAGUAACACCCGCUAUCUAUAGCUCCUGCAGCCACACUUUUCGAGUAACAGAAAAGGUACUUGUUACUUCAAAUAACAGGAGAGGUGGCGGUCAUGUGACCUGGAGCCUGCAAAGGAAUCUUACAGUGAGCUUCACGUUUGUUCUACACUACAGGCUCAUUCACAGACGGCCAAUUAAACGAUCUGGAUUAUACAAGUAAAGACACUUUUUUUUUUUUUUUAAAAGAACCAAAAGUAUAUAUUUAUACUUGUUCAAGCUGACUUACUAAACUGGAUUUUUUUUUGUUACUUGCUGCAUAAGUGGUCUUGCGUUCUAAACUCUUUGUCGGUUCGAUUUUUAAACCGCUCGGAAAUUCCACGAUGUAAGUAAUGCUUCACAUCUAGGGGAUCGUUUUCAGUAUUUUUUUAUUUUUUUUUUCGGAUUGAUGACAGCGUUUUGGCCUUUGCAGAGGCAAAAAAGAAAAAGAAAAAAAAAAAGUUUGUUACAACACUAGCCUGUGGGCUGUGGAAAUAGAGACAAUAGGGAUGCUUUUUUUAACGGGGCACUUAGCUGGCUGCUCUGGUUGGAAGAGCUGCAGUUUUGUAUCCGCUGCCUAGCACAAACUGAAUGAAGCAGUUUCCACGAGCAAAGUUAGCCCUGCAGUGCGUAUCGGCUGUGCUCCAUGAAGACUCACUGAGGGGGUGCGGAGGAGACCUUGGAAAAUUGGAAGCAUUCAUAAAGAACCAGUCUAUUGAGACAUAGUGCCCUACAACCAAAUCUAAGAAUGAGGAGCAAAUACACAAUAUUCCUAUUGUUUGUAGGGGCCCUUGUCAUCAUUGAGAAGGAAAAUAAUAUAAUUUCAAGGGUAUCAGACAAGCUAACACCAAGACAGACUCCACAAACACCACUUUACCCGAAUGGUUCAGUAUCUGUUUUGCUCACAGAAAAUGGCUCCUAUUUGUCACUCAGUGAGCUGGACCCAGCGUUCAAGCGUUUAAAGAACCGUUUAGAAAACUUUGCUCUGCAGUUUCAGCACCAGGUAGACAAUGAACAGUCUAAUCCAAGGAAGCACAUCUUACUGAUGGCAACAACAAGGACAGGUUCCUCCUUCGUGGGGGAGUUUUUCAACCAACAAGGUAGUAACAUGUUUUACCUGUUUGAGCCUUUGUGGCACGUCGAGAGAAUGGUAACAUUCGAAGCCAGGGGAGCCAAUGCAGUGGCGGCAUCCAUUAUCUACCGGGAUACACUCCAGCAGCUUUUCCUCUGUGAUCUCCAUGUGCUAGAGCACUUCAUAAGCCCGCUUCCAGAGCAUCAUAUUACUCCUUCUUUGUUUCGUAGGGGAUCUAGCAGAUCCCUAUGUGAAGACCCUGUCUGUACUCCGUUUGUGAAGAAGACCUUUGAGAAAUAUCACUGUAAGAACCGCCGCUGUGGGCCGUUGAACUUGACCUUGGCUGCAGAGUCUUGUCUCAGUAAGCAACACAGGGCCAUUAAAACAGUGCGUGUCAGACAGCUGGAGUCCCUGCGGCCCCUCCUUGAAGACUCCCGACUGCAGAUGAAAAUUAUCCAAUUGGUGCGUGACCCCAGAGCCAUCUUGGCCUCGAGGAUGGUGGCUUUCUCCUCUAAGUACGAGAACUGGAAAAAAUGGGCGGUCAAUGGCGAGGUGCCCAUUGAAGAUGAAGAGGUGCAAAAGUUGAAAGGCAACUGUGAAAAUAUCCGUCUGUCAGCAGAGGUCGGCUUGAGACAGCCUUCCUGGCUGAAAGCACGCUACAUGCUUGUGCGCUAUGAGGAUAUAGCCAGGUAUCCGAUGCAGAAAGCAGCAGAAAUGUACAGGUUCAGUGGGAUUCCUUUUACUCGUCAGGUAAAGGAAUGGAUUCUUAAAAACACUCAAGGUUCUAAAGAAAGUGGGGGAGUGUAUUCAACCAAAAAGAACUCAUCUGAACAGUUUGAAAAAUGGAGGUUCAGUAUGCCAUACCAGCUGGCACAGGUUGUUCAAAAAGUAUGUGGGCCUGCAAUGGAAUUGUUUGGUUAUAAAUUGAUUGAAGACCCAAAGAUCCUGACAAAUAGGUCCAUCAGUUUGCUGGAAGAAAAGGUGUUUCAUUUUACCUAUUUAUAAAUCCUAAGAAAGGGAACACUGUGUUGAAAAGUCUCAAAUUCCUUUUAGCAUGAAAUGUGUACAUUGUACUGGAUAGGGGUCUGAAGAUUAAUGGACUUGAUGCUUUUCCCACCAAAGAAUUACAUGAGAAUUUAUAUUUACUGAGACAGUAAAGUGGGAAGACCAAAGGAAAGUAUUACACUAUGCAUUAACUAUCUUUAAACUGUACAAAGUUUGCUAAGUAGCAACUGAAGUGUCUGAAAAUGCAUGGAUAAUGUUUUACAAAUUCUAGCCCUCAUUGUGUCAGAUACUGGUAUUUAUUACAUGUAUCUAAACAGCGGUAGAUCUAGAUACAGUCACAUGUUAGAUCAUUAAAACAGGUCGCAAGGAAAUAAAACCAGUGUUUCUAAUGGUGCAUGUUAGUCUCACUUGAUCCACAAUUUCAAUCAAUUGUACAGAACCCAUUCUAAAUUACAUAGCAGUUUGACUGUCUAAUACAUUAGAAACUGACAAACUGCAGAAGUCUAAGGGUUUCUGUUGAGAGAUGCAUGCUAAGAAAGUUUAUUUUUUAAAAGCAAGUUAAAUCUGUAUUUAUUAAAUAAGAACAUUAUUUUAUUACAAGGAAGCAAAACAAAAUGUGCUUUUAUUUAGAAGGUUAGGUUUUUGCACAAAAAACAACAUGGCUUAUGUUUUUGCAAUUAUUUUGUAAAUAACAGUUUCAAGUGACUUCUUGAAAAAGCUCAGGGUGAAAUUGAGGAUCCUGUGAGCAAUGUGAGGCGUCUGGAUUGGAUUCAUUAGAGAAUAGAUUAAUUUGAGCUUUAGGUCUGCAUGGAAAUUGCAACCCAAGCAUAGUUACGUGUUGGUUUAAUGUUUACCAGAUGGCUAUGGCAAAGAUUUUUUUUUUGCCUUUUGGAAAUAUCUAGCACAGAAUUAUGCUGACUUAGUGACUGGGCCUGUAUCCUGCCACACUGGGAUGUAGUGGACGGUAACAUGAAUUUAGGUGUUGGUGACCUACUUUUACAAUACUGACCUGAUUGUUUGAACUAUUGAAGGCUAAAGGUUGGUUUAUACUUCUCUCGCAGACAAAAGCCAUACGUCAGCUGCAGACACUUCUACGGGUGCACCAGAAGGACUCAAGCACCCCCGAGUUCGCAGACUUUUUGAUGCAGCAAAGUGGUCGUAGCUGUCGUAGGGUUGCCAACAGGCUCCACAAUCCUGCGACACUUUGAGACGGGAUUUUAAAAUUGCCCGUCUCAUGAAUGAAGUGAAUGUGUAAAUGGUCUUAUAUGUAUUUUUAUGAGCAGCAAACAAGUAAAUCUGAUCAGCUGUUCUCCAUACUGCCUCCGAUCAGAUGUAUUGAACAGCUGAGCAACUUUACUGAUUUGAUGGGGAAAGUAAUUGCAUACAGAAAGUAAAUAGCGACGUUAACUUAUUAGUGACUCAAAUAUAUAAAAAGAAUAACAAUAAUACAAAUAAAAUAUAUUGUAUUCAUUAUUUAUUGUUAUUAUUAUAGAAGUGGUUGCUGAGCAUGGUAGCCUAUGUAAUCACCAAUAUUCAUUUUAGCAAAGGUUCAUUUACGCUUUAAUUUCAUUCAGUUUACAGGCAAGUUUAAAAUCCUGUUCUGUUGUUCAUGUUUAUUGGGUUCCUCAAAAACUUGCUCUAUCGCACUUCACUGGCUUGUGACAUGGCGACAAAUGUUGGAUUUUCCAAUCAUCCGACACAUUUUGCGGUGGCAGAGAAACAAGAAAAGGCCGUACGACUUUUCAAAAAAGACACAGCUCGCGGCAGUGAGGAUGAUGUCAUUCCGCCCAUUGGAUACCACUGACUGAGACCAAAAAUGGGGUUGCAGUCGGAAGUAUAAACCAGCCUUAAAUCUUAGGAACCACUGGUUUUCAUAUAACUAUGCAUGGUUUAUAGAGGACCAGAGGUAUAGGUCACUAAAAUAGAUUUCACUUGUGCGACACCAAAAUCUCAACUACUGAAGAUUUUUUUAAAAGUUGACAUUUUGAAGCUGCUUUAAGACCCUUGUGAAAACUUGAAAAUAAAUUGCUAAUAUAUAUUUGAAGUAAGGGGGGGGGGAUUAUAGUUGUCUGGUAUAUUAAAAAAAAAAAAAAAAAAAAAAA